GGAGCGGUCGGUCGCCGGGUGUUUUUGGGUCAAUUUUCCAUAAUUUUCCGGCAUUUCUCGCCUUGGCAGAGCAUUUGGGGUUCGAGUCUCAUGGCGCGCAGCGGCUGCGCUGAGCUGCGGGGACCGCGAAAUGUGAUGACAACAGAUUGGCGAAGCAGGCAGGGCUGCCAGGAGCCCAAUGGAGCAUGGGCGAAAAGAAGUUCAAGGAGAUGUCAUGUCCGCCUGCACGGUGCAAAUCACCUCCUAUGGCCGCUCGAAUCGUUGGCAAGAGGCCUGUCGCUUCUUCCAAGAGAUGCCAAGCAAAAGCCUUGAGCCAAACACCAUCAGUUUCAAUGCCAUGUUGAGCGCCUGCAGAAACCGUUGGCAGACCGCCGUUGGCGCGGUUUUUCAAGAGAUGUCAAGUGAGAGGGGUCAUCAGCUGGAUGUCAUCAGCUUCAGCAGUGCCAUUUCAUCCGAGAUGGGUCAUACCUGGCAGUCAACGCUCGAAGUGCUUGUCACCAUGAGAUUUGCAAGUGUUCUGCCCAAUGUAUUUAGCUGUAGCGCAGCGAUGAGUUCAUUAGAGAAAGGCAACCAGUGGCAGCUUUCACUGACCAUGUUGGACAGCAUGGGCCUCCAGACGAUCCAAGCAAACACCGUCACUUUCAAUGCAGCAAUCAGCUCCUGCGAACAGGGGCACUGGCGUGAAACGUUGGUUCUAUUGGAGAAGAUGCAUUUGAGAAGCAUAGAGAAGGAUGUUGUAAGCUUCAGUGCAGCCAUCAGUUCUUGUGAGAAGGCCGGGCAAUGGCAAUGUGCCUUGAGUUUGCUUGAAGCUAUGCCCCGGAUAAGAAUACAUCCAAAUAUCAUCAGCUUUAGUGCCACUAUGAGUGCUUGCGCAGGUGCCAACCAAUUGGAAGCAGCACUCCGCUUGUUUCAAAUCUUGGCCGUGAAGAAGCUCCAACCCAAUGUCAUAACCUUUGGUGCGGUCAUCAAUGCAUGUGAGAAGGCUGGGCAAUGGCAAUUGGCCUUGAGCUUUCUUUCUGCUAUGUCCCAGACACGUGUGCGUCGGAAUGAAUUCAUUUACAACUCAGCCAUCAGUUCCUGUGAGAAGGGCGGGCACUGGCAGAUGGCUCUGGGCCUUUUCACCAUGAUUACUGAGAAAUCCCUUCAACCAGAUGUGAUCAGCUACAACGCGGUCAUCAGCACUUGCGAACUGACAGGUCACUGGUGCUUGGCCCUCCGACUGCUGCAGACCGCGGGACUCGUGACGACCGUCACGGCGGGUGCAGCACUGAGCGCCACGGUGCGGCGUGGAGAAUGGUCCUUGGCCGGGCAGUUGUUGGACGCCUUGGUGUUCGAGCACCGAGUGGACAUCUCCAGGGUUUGUUGGAAUGUGGCGCUGAGUUCCUGUGAGAAGGGGCACGGCUGGCAUCAUGCCUUGCAGAUCUUGGACACCUUGGACCAAGAUUCAACGGGACCCGAUCUCAUCAGCUACAACGCAGCUAUUGCGUCCUGCGAAAGCGUGAUGCGUGCUUGGCCGCAUGUGCUUGGCUUAUUCCAUCAAAUGUCGAUCUCAGAAGUCCAGCCGGACGUUCUCACUCACAGCUCCGUGAUCACGUCCUUCGUCGAGCGCGCGAGCGAGAGCAGACGCGGAUCACGUCCUCCGCUUCAAAGCGUGCGGAGAAGUCUCGAGGCGAUGGAGACGAAGGCGACCCAGCAACUCUUGAAGGCGUCACGAGGUCCUCCAGCCUGCAGUCCCUCACUGACAUGGAAGUGUUGAGCUUGCCAUUUGUUCUGUGGGUGGCACCCCCUCGUUACAAGGGUCAUUUUGUAGGGGACCAUGCCAUCCACUUCCAUGGCAGACACGGGAUGUCCGCCAAUCACGGCGAGUCGCCUUGCUUGACGGAUCCACUUGUUUCAAAAAGCGCCAUGGGACUUGAAUGGCAAGAAUGAUGAAUCUGGACGAGACUUUUGAUGCGUUGUACGUUGUGAAG